GUUCGGUACAUCCUGCAGAACCAUACCUAAGCCUAAUCAUGAAGAUCGUCAUCCUGUUCGCUCUGGUUGUGAUGGUCGUCGCCCAGGACGGUUAUCCCACCAAGUACGACAACAUCGACGUGGAUGAAAUCCUCAACUCGGAUCGUCACUUCAAGAAUUACUUCAACUGCCUGAUGGAUGCCGGACCUUGCACUCCGGAAGGAAACGAGCUGAAGAAGUAUCUGCCAGAUGCCAUCCAAACCGCUUGUGCCAAAUGUACCGACAAACAGCGCCAGAUUACAGCAAAGGUGGCCAAGUUUUUGAUUGAACAACGUCCCGAAGAGUGGAAGGCUCUGCGUACAAAGUACGAUCCCAACAACACCUUCGCCGAGAAGUAUCGCGAUGAGGCAGCCAAGUUUGGAAUCAAGCUGUAAAGCGUGGAUUUUUUGGAUACCCAAUGAUAUACCGACAUGCUUGUGUUUAAAAAUUAAUUUGAUGAAAUUUCAUAUAUUUUGGUUCAUUCUUCAGUUAAAAUAAAAUGCAGAGUAACUAUCACAGUGUAUUCAAUAAACACAGCAUAAUAUGAAAAUGCUAAAUUCA